AUGGGUCGCAUCAGCAAGGAUGAUCGCCCCGACGCGGCAUCUUCUCAUUCGCUUCAUUCCAUCGAUGACCUGCCGCCCCCUUACACAGAUGAACCUGACUUCAUUCCUCCAGUCUCGAGCUCUAAUUCUGCCCAAAGUAUCGCUCAUUUUCCUCUUCCUCUCCACCUUCGACUGGUUGAUUCGGCUUACCUUCUUCCGGGAUGCGACCUCAAGGCCAGUGACAAGCGCGCCAUCUCAAUCGCGCCAUCCCUUUCGCGCAACAGCAAUGAGCUCUUCUAUGCUAUUCGCCGGCAGAUGAAGCUGCCCCCGCGACCACUACUUUGGAUUAAGGGCACUCAUAGUGAAUCGACCAAUGAUGGAAAGAAGAAGGGCAGCAACACUGUCACCGACUUUGAAUUUAAGCUUGAUCUGGCAGAAACCAUGUUGACUGGCUGGGAGGGCGAGCCACAGGGGAAUUGGAAAUGGUCAGAGGAGGAAGUCCUCAAUGACGGGGAUUGCAAGCCUGCUUUCCGUGGUGGAAGGCUCAAGUCUCGCACAUACAAAGCGCCGCGUCACUCGCGCAGUGAUGCGGAGGACAGUGAUGCCCUCCUCGUUUCAGAUGAAGGCCUGGAUGCCGACGAUGCUGAUGAACGACCCACUUCCAAUGAUGUGAAUCUGAAAUUGUGGUGUGAGCGGUUUUGCAAUGACCCUUCCCCCGUGAAAUCAUUCACCCUCCACCGCCAAGUAUCAGGAUUCGAUUGGAAAGCCAUGCGUAAUGUUCUUGCUUCACAUAUCCGCUCUCUCAACUACCUCGGCUCCGUCGACUUCACGUUUACUGUGGCUCAACAGUCGGUCACUAUCUACUCUCCCCAUUGGAUCAACCGUCUCCGCGCGAACCGCUACGUAUGGUGGGCGGUUGUUAUUCUCCAGCUUUGGAUUAUCACAUGGCCCAUCAUAUGGUUGCUUGAAAAACGUUACGAACUGGCUCAUACACGUUGGCAUUCUUCAUUGUCCAUUGAUCCCAACAAUCCACUUGUCAAAAAGUACGCCUGUGGUCGGGAUGAAGCCACCCUGGGAGAUUUUUGGGGGCCGGCCGUCAAACGAAUGGCAUGGAGCCAGAGGACCGGACAGGGUAAUACUCUUACAAGGAUGGAUGCGGAACAAGUCCAGGGACUGAAUACGGAUCAGCUCCUUGGUAUCCAGCGUGGUGAUUCCGAAGCAGAACGGGAGAGACGGGAGCGAGUCAAUAGUGGAGAUGCUGGAUUUGUUGAUCAUGUGGUAGGACUUGUUCGGGGAGUCGGAGAAGUAUCACAAGGCUGGAGAUUGACGGCGGGAUGGGGUGCCAAUUCUUGA